CCGAAAAGAUAACCCAAAGACUCCAAGAGAUGGAUUUAUCGAAUCCAUGCCAAAGCACCAUAGCUGCAACCUGGAAAUCAUUAUGAGACUAUCCUAACAAUCAUUCUCAGGUUAGGAUUACUCUGUGGUGGGUAGGGCUGAAAUCGGGAUGCUCGAAACUGAACAAAACUAGGGAGUCGAAGGCAAGAUCAACCAGGUCAUAGUGAGAUUGGAGAAAAGUAAAUUGUAGACCAUAAGAUAAGCUACCAAUUUAGGAAAUAUUCUAGGAUUGGGAAGAGGAGUUUAAGAUACAUAUAUUUUUUUUUCCAAGUAAAUGAUAAGAGGCAAAACUUGGGAAAAAUUCCAAUCCAUAAAAUGAAGUCAUUUCACUGCUCCAAUUUAGUGAAAUCACUCUACAAAAUCAAAGUAAGUCAAUUCUAAAGGGGUACAACAACAAAAUUUUACUUGAUUUGUCACUCUAUAGGUAGCUCAGUUGGCAUUUCUCUAAUCCACUCGAAACACUUUACAACGAGAAAAUGACUCGAUAAGCUAGCGACACUCCCCGAAGUAGGGUCCCUCCUAGAGAAUCCACCACCGCACCUUGGCUAAAUGUACGAAUGAUUACUUCGGCAUCUCCUUCCACGAUGCAACGAGCUCAUGAACUUUGAGAAUAAAAAAUUUUGCAAGUUCCACGUACUUGCGAAUCUUUUGCCAAGAGGUAGGAUUUGGAGAGCAUACAUCCAUAAUUCAAUAAACUAAAAUCAAUAAUAAAAUACAAUAAAUAAACAAUGAAUUCUUUCAUAAUGUCAACAAAUCUAUAUAAAUCUAGAGUUUUCAACAUCCAUAUUUUAUCAAAAUUUUCAAAUUCAUUAAGCUUGAAGAAACCCUAAAGUCUCAUGAUUCCAAGAUACAUUUUCCUAGACACCAAAAAACCUAAAUCUCCCGCCGUAUUGAACAGACACAGCGUCGUUUUGCUCUAUCGCCAAAGUUUCCACAGUGGCAGUGACCAGUAAUUAUUUACCAACACCGCGGCCAUUUACCCAGCCUCGCCCCGCCACGUCAAGACCUACUCCCUAGUCCCUACUCCUCCACUCUACUCUCUCCCUCCCGCGCGCAGGAAACCGAAAACACACACAAAGAGCUCUCACUCUCUCUUUGCUCAGGACGUCAUAGAGCCGCCCCCAGUGACCACGCGUUCCUUCCAUCUCCUCCCAAAUCCCUUCUCAAAUCAACGGCUCCCCUUCGUAACCCUAGAAAUGUCGAGCUCCCAUUUCGCCGCCGGCGACGCCGUCGAAGUCCUGAAGCGGGACGACGGUUCUUCCCAACUGACCUACUACCCUGCCGCCGUCCUCCGCGCACCCGCCAAGCAGCCGAACACGAUUCUGAUCGAGUACCAGACGCUGACGAACGGGUCGAUACCAGCGAAGGAGCUCGUCGACUGCGGCAGCGUGAGGCCCGCCCCGCCGCCGGUGUCCUGGGCAUGGUUCAAAGUGGGGGACGGCGUCGACGUCUACAGCGACGGCGGCUGGCGCGCAGGGAUUGUGAAGGAGAUACUCGAGAAUUCCAAGUACCUGGUGGCUUUCGCUCGCCGGAGCGAGGGAAUCGUGACGGAGCAGUGCACCCUCAGGCACCAUCGGGACUGGGUCGACGGCGAUUGGUUCCCGCCACUAGCACCGCCCCUCCUCCCGCCGAGGAAGCGAUAUAUGGAGGAACCGAAACCUGGGAAGAUAAUGCUGAAGAUCAAAUGCGGGAGAGGGAGAACUGAGACAGUGCUGAGAAAAGGUACGAGAGUGGAAGUGAGAUCUGACGAUCCAGGUUUUGAAGGUGCUUGGUUUGGUGGCAUCAUAAUCGAUCACGAAGGGACGGACAAGUAUUUGGUUCAAUAUCUGAACCUACUAAAUGAGGAACAAACUGCUCCGUUGAGAGAAGUGGUUAGCGCAGGCGAUGUAAGGCCUUACCCACCUGAAACUCAGCCAGUCAACUGUUACAAGUUUCUUGAGAAGGUGGAUGCUUGGUAUAACGAGGGCUGGUGGGAAGGUAUGGUGUUGAGAGUAGAUGAGAGAUUGAAUAAGUAUAUGGUCUUCUUCCCAACUACAAAGGACAAUAUUUAUUUUGAAGCUUCAAGUCUCAGGCCUCGUAUGGAAUGGUUGAAUGGGAAAUGGGUCAAGGUAAAAUCUGGGGAGGUCAACCAUAAGGUGACAAAACCAGGCUCUGGUUGCAGGAAGGGAGUGAAAGUUGAGGUCAGAAGUGAUAAACUUGGUUAUCAAGGUGGUUACGGCAAGGGAAUGAAGGUUGAGGUCAAAAGUGAUGAAAUUGGUUACCAGGGUGCUUGGUUUGUGGCGACCAUUCUCAAUGUCCCAAGGAAGGAUAUGUAUCUGGUACAGUAUGACAAUCUACUCACCGACGAUGAAACCGAGUACCUGGAAGAGGAGGUAGAUGCUUCUGAUGUCCGCCCAUGUCCUCCAGAGGUGCCAUAUAAUCGCCCUUACGGACUUCUCGAUAUUGUGGAUACUUGGUAUAAUGAUGCGUGGUGGGUUGGGCGCAUUAUUAGAGCUUAUAGAGAGAUGAAGUAUACAAUCCAAUUUGGGACAGGGGAAGAGUUGGACUUUCAGCAUGCCCAGCUGAGGCCUCAUCAAGAAUGGAGUGAUGGAAAGUGGUCCUCUGUUCCUAAGGAUUGGAAGUUUUGAUGACCACCCAUCAAAAGAAGAGUAUAUCCAGUUGAAGGAUCUAACUCUAGAAAACCAGAAAUAGCUCCGAGGAUGUGAUUGGAUUUGUAGAGAUUGCGCACCUUCUGAAUAGGAAAUCCUAACUUUUUACCCUAAAUGUAUUUAUCCCUGGAAAGUAGCUCACUUUUGUCCUAUAACCCUCUUCCCCUCCCUGUUGUUCCAAGUGUAAGACUGUUUGUUGCAGAAGAACAGCCUUCAAUAUGGAGUUGGUAGAGUUGAUAUAUAUAUAUGUAUAAGCUUAUAAGAGGUUCCUGAUAUUACUAUUUCUUUUAUGAAGCAUGUGGCCUAUAUUCAUAUGAUCUCAGCACGUUGUGCUCCGAAGUUGACUCUCUUGGCCUUUUCCCAGUUCUAGACUAUCAUUUUCGACAAGAGGUAACUAGAAUGGUUUAUUCUCUUUCUAUUCGUUUGUUCAGUUGAAAAUGAGGUUUGCUUUUCCCUUUUCCAGCUGAAGAUGAUGAGCAACAAAAGAGAAAGAAGACAUGACAGUAGAAGAUAACAAAAGGGAAAGGCAGAG